CAUAAUCAUCUCACUAUGGCACGCAAUGGAAAACAGAAAGCAGCAGCGGCAGCGGCAGAUGAGGCAGGCCACUACGAGUGGGACUACCUGUGCAAAUUCAUCUUGAUUGGAGAUUCGGCGGUGGGCAAGAGCGCGCUCCUCUUGAGAAUAACAGACGACCGUUUCCUAGCUGAAGAGGCCGAGCCAACAGUAGGCGUUGAAUUCGGGUCGGUUACCAUCCCUCUGGCCGCCUCCACUUCCUCCCAAUCCACAACCAAAUCCUCCUCACCCGCCUCCGCCUCCGCCUCCUCCUCCUCAUCGCCCAUCCCGGAACGAGUCAAGAUCCAAAUAUGGGAUACGGCAGGCAGUGAAGCCUUUCGAGGCAUCACACGCUCCUACUUUCGAGGAGCAGCUGGCUGCUUGGUCGUCUAUGAUGUGACGCAUCGCCCCUCGUAUGAUAGUUGUCGCACUUGGCUCAAGGAUGUGAGGGAGCAUGCAGAGGAGGAUGCGUGCAUCGUCUUGGUGGGGAAUAGAGCGGACCUGGUCGAGGGAGAAGACGGGGAGGGGAGGAGGAAAGUGAAGAAGGAGGAGGCAGAGAAGUGGGCUGACGAGCAGGGCAUUUUGUUCAUCGAGACUUCAGCCAAGACGGGCCAGAACGUGCACGGCGCAUUCGAGAAGUGCGUAACAGAGAUACAUCGCCGCUUCACAGCUGCUCAAAAGGCGUUGCAGGAGGCGGGCAAGCCGGGCCAGGCAGCAGCAGCAGCAGCAGGUGCACCAGCGACAGUAGAGACUCGUGGCGCCAAUCUGCUCAAAAGUAGAAUACCACCGGGCGGAGAACACGGUAGUGGAUCGGGUGGUAGUGAUGGCGGUACGAUCAGCUUAGAUGCGGCGGGAGUGCGAGGAGCCGUGGGCAAGGGGUGUUGCUGCGUCAUGUGAGAUAGCGUGGCGUCUCCCUAAUUCCCAGACCUGCU